UCUCUGCCCUGAACAAAGGUUUUCUUCCUUCUAUCCUUCUUCUUCUUCUCUCUCUGCAGCAGAAGAAAGACAGUAAAGAUGCCGGCGAUAGUGAUGGACAAACAGGGCUCCGGCCCAGAGUUUGAGGCGAAGUUUACGUUCUACGUGUUCAUAUGUUGUAUCAUGGCCGCCUUCGGAGGACUCAUGUUUGGUUAUGACAUUGGCAUCUCCGGUGGAGUAACAUCGAUGGACGAUUUCUUGAUCAAGUUCUUUCCUAAGGUCUAUGCAAAGAAGCAGGAAGCUAAAGAGAACAACUACUGCAAAUAUGAUAACCAAUUCCUUCAGUUGUUCACAUCAUCUCUGUACCUGGCUGCGCUCGUCUUCACUUUCUUGGCAUCAUAUGCCUGCAAGAAGUAUGGCAGGAGACCCACCAUGAGAGCAGCAUCGCUCUUCUUCUUGGUUGGCGUCGUCCUCAAUGCGGCCGCCAUGGAUCUCACCAUGCUCAUCAUCGGUAGGAUCUUUCUAGGCAUUGGAGUCGGCUUUGCCAACAAUGUGGUGCCACUAUUCUUGUCUGAGAUAGCUCCACCAAAGAUCAGAGGAGCUCUCAACAUCCUCUUCCAGUUACUAAUCACCGUCGGCAUCCUUGUGGCCAAUCUUGUGAACUACCGAACCUCCUCCAUCCACCCAUGGGGUUGGCGAAUCUCCCUCGGCGGCGCCGGCGUCCCGGCCAUCCUUCUCUGUAUAGGUUCCCUGUUUAUCGCCGAAACCCCGACGAGCUUGAUCCAGAGAGGUCACCUCGAUGAGGGGAGGGCUACUCUUAAGAAGAUCAGAGGCACAUCCAAUGUGGAAGCGGAAUUCAAUGAGAUAUGCCGUGCUUGUAAAGCUGCCAACCUGGUGAAGCAGCCCUUCAAGAAAUUGGCCAACAGGAACAACAGGCCUCCGCUCGUCAUCGCCAUUGCCAUGCAAGUCUUCCAGCAAUUCACCGGCAUAAAUGCCAUUAUGUUUUAUGCCCCUGUGCUCUUUCAAACCAUCGGUUUUGGGAAUGAUGCCUCCUUGCUCUCUGCUGUCAUCACUGGGCUAGUCAAUGUCCUGUGCACCAUAGUCUCUGUUCUCUACGUCGACAAGGUUGGCCGGAAGGUUCUCCUCCUUGAAUCUGUUGUUCAAAUGCUCAUCUCUCAGGGUGCAAUUGGGACAAUCCUUAUGAUACAUCUCAAGAAUGCAAACACCCUAGAACACAACGUUGCAAUUGCAGUGGUGAUCUUGGUGUGCAGCUUCGUCUCCUGCUUUGCUUGGUCAUGGGGUCCCCUUGGUUGGCUCAUUCCCAGUGAGACCUUCCCUCUCGAGACCAGAGCUGCAGGUUUCUCCUUCGCAGUGAGCUCCAACAUGCUCUGCACCUUCAUCAUUGCUCAAGCCUUCCUCUCCAUGUUAUGCCACAUGCGUGCCGGCAUCUUCUACUUCUUCUCAGGAUGGAUUGUUAUCAUGGGCCUGUUCGUGGCGUUGCUUCUGCCAGAGACAAAGGGCAUCCCCAUAGAUGAGGUUGACAAAAUAUGGAGAGAGCACUGGUAUUGGAAGAGGUUUAUGGAUGAUGAAGGUGCCAUCUCUAAAGUGCAAAGGGAACAAGAAUAAGCAGACAUAACCAAAUGGGAGGAAGCUUGUUUUGUUUUGAAUCAAAUCUGUUGCAUCAGCUCAAAACAAUGAAUCUUCUCAUUUUAGCACCGAUCAACUCUCAACUAUUUGUCAUUUUUUUAACCCUAGAUAAGAGGGAUACUCAUAUCUGUACUUUGUUGCCUUUUACUUGUUGGCAUACAUAUAAUGUACACGACACUUGAUCAAUGUCAAAAGAUAUUUGAGGA